AUGCGAUCCGCCGUCUUCCUCGCUGCUCUCGUCGCGUCCGUCUCGGCCCAGCUCAAGAUCGAGACUCCUACCAGCUUGAUUGAGUGCCAGCCGGCCAAGCUCAUGUGGUCCGGUGGAACCGCGCCUUACUUCCCGGCUGUUAUCCCUGGUGGACAAGCCUCAGCCGCUGCUCUUAAGACCUUCCCCCAGACCAGCGACACCUCCCUCACCUGGACUGUCGACCUUGCCACCGGCCAGGAAGUCACCCUGAGGAUCACCGACUCUACCGGUGCCAUCAACUACGCCGAGAAGGUCCCAAUCCAGGCCGGCUCGAGCAAGACCUGCCUCAACGGCGCCGUCGCUGUUGGCGGAGCUUCCGGUAGCGCUUCAGGCGCCGCCGCCUCGGGCAGCGCUACCUCCUCCGGUGUCCGCGCGUCGGCCUCUUCUGCCGCCGGUGCCGUUGGCAUGUCCGCCUCGUCCGUCUCUUCCGCCGCUAGCGGCAUGGCCUCGAGCGCUCGUGCUUCCGUCUCCUCCAUGUCUGGCAGUGCCUCCGGUGUCGGUGCUUCCGCCUCCUCCGUCUCCAGCGCUGCCGCCUCCAGGGUAUCCGGCGCCACCUCCUCCUCGGCCGCCGCCUACCUCUCCACCGAGCCCAAGGUCGUCGGUGGUCUCCUCGGCGUCAUCGCUGGUGUCUUUGGCAUCCUCGCGCUCUAA